UGGGGUCUACAACUACAAAAGCGCAAUCUUCCCUGUGCUUCAACCUCGAUCUUGUGACAACAAAGGAGCAACUGGUCAGCUGACCUGAGUGACCUUGAUGGGACAUAUGGUUGUAAAAGGUCGGAGAGAUAGCCGGCCAGGACAGCUGAGUUCAUUUACCCUUGGAUCACUGAGGGUGAACCAUUCCAAAACACGCAACACAUCUAGGUACUGUGAAGCCAACAUGACCAGCGGGUGCUGUGUAUUUGUCCUGUUUUCCCUCCUCCGUGUCUCGCUGAGUGUGGAAAUAACAGGGUUAUAUGGCAGCUUCACCUCGCCCAACUUCCCCCAGCCAUACCCCGACAACCAGCUCAUAGUGUGGAACAUCACUGUCCCAGAUGGCCACAGGGUCAAACUUUACUUCAGCCACUUCAGCAUGGAACCCUCUAACCAGUGUGAAUACGACUACAUGCAGGUUUUGGCAGAGGGGAAUGAAACCUUGCGGUUCUGCGGAGAGGAAGAGAAGAACUAUGAAAGCACCCCGAGGAACACCAUCAUCCUUUCAGCCGGGCGCCUCAUGUCAGUGGUCUUUAGGAGUGACUACUCUAACGAGGGCCGAUUCACAGGCUUCCGAGCGUUUUACACCUCAGAAGAUAUCAACGAGUGUCUGUCCAAGAUAGAUGGGGAGAGAGUGUGUGAUCAUUUCUGCCACAAUUACAUCGGCGGAUAUUACUGCACGUGUAAACAAGGAUACCUUCUCCAUGACAACAAAAGAUCCUGCACAGUGCCGUGCCAAAGGCAGGUGUUGACCUCACUGUCGGGGUUUCUGUCCAGUGAGGCCUACCCAAGCCCCUACCCACCCAUGAGUCAGUGUGACCACACCAUCCGUCUGCCGGAGGGCUACAGAAUAAUUUUGGACUUCCUGGAGCCCUUUGACAUUGAGGGACACUCAGAUGUCCCUUGUCCGUAUGAUAUGUUGAAGAUUACCACAGCUGGACAAGAGUAUGGACCCUUUUGUGGAUCAACGCCACCGGGUCGCUUUGACACAGGAAGUUACCAAGUGCAUGUUGCGUUCAGAUCGGACCUUAGUGGGAAAAACAAGGGAUGGAAGAUCAAGUAUAGCAGUAUCAAGACUGCAUCCUAAUGGCUUGUUGACAUGAACGCUGUGCAUGCACUUAUACGCUAUCUGAACAUUUUACAGUGACUUUUACAUUGUGGCAACUUAACACAACCUUAAUGUUUGUGAUGAAGCAUUAUCCUUAUGAUACUCUCCAAAUGAAAACAUUUGUUAUUGCUUGCAUCUAAUUUCUAAUUGUUUUAUUUCUUCACUUGGUGCGAUGCUGCUAUAAUUUCACCAGCACAAUUUUCUUUUAACCACUUUUGUUUCAUUGUUACUUGCGAAUAA